CCCUCGCACUCGCUCGCAUCCAUUUCGGCUUCCUUCUCUCCCAAACCACCGACCACCCUUUUGCUCCGAUUUGCAGGAAGCUCGCAUCUUGAUUAACAGAUUCGAAUCUCUCUUCGCUUCUUGGUAGCAUUUUGCCCCUUCCACUUGUAAUGGCGGAGGAAGAGGUUGCAGCGACGGCGCCUUCGAGCCCUCCCCUCCACACGGAUCACAAGCGGAAGCACGAUGAAUUGGACCUACCCGCUGAAGCUCCGGUCGCGGAAGACGAGAAGCCCGGGGUGACUUCUGAUGUUGUGGAAGAUAAGGAAGAAAUCAAAGGCGGCGGCGACGAUUCGUCUGCAAUCGAUGGGGAUUCGCAGGAGGUCAAGCGGGCUAGGGUUGAGGAUAAGCCGGUGGACGAGCCUGUUGGUCAAAAUGGCUUUGAGAUAAGCAAGCCAGAUGGAGGUGCUAAUCUCGAAGCUGUUGGUGAUGAAAAUGGUAAGAGUGAAGUGCCGGAAGAGAGUGGUGCUCAGCAGGCUCCUGAGAGGAUUCAGGAAGCAGGAGAGCAGAGUGAGGAGAAAGUUCUUAAUGAAGAUGCUGCUGCAGCUGGAGUUGAUGAGGAGAAUGAUGGAAAGAAACCAGAUUCUGCUGGGGAUGUGGAGCCAGUUAAAGCUGAUGAGCUGCUCCCAAAAGGGGAAGACGGGCAACCACUACAAGAAGCAGAGGAAGAAGCUCUAUCCGAUGAUCAGACUACCACUCGUAGGGUGGAAGUUCCUAAUGAUAAGGUUGGGGUUCUUAUUGGCAAAGGUGGGGACACUAUUCGUUUCCUCCAGUAUAACUCUGGGGCAAAGAUACAGAUAACAAGGGAUUCAGAUGCUGAUCCACGUUGUGUGACAAGACCAGUGGAAAUAAUAGGGACUCUAGGUAGUAUUAGGAAGGCUGAGAAGCUGAUCCAGGCUGUUAUAGCUGAGGCUGAUGCAGGAGGUUCCCCUUCCCUUGUUGCUAGGGGCCAUCCUAGCGCUCAGAAUGCUGCAGUUGCAGAGCAACUGGAGAUGCAAGUUCCAAACGAGAAGGUUGGUUUGAUCAUAGGAAAAGGUGGGGAUACUAUCAAGGGUCUACAAACAAAAACUGGAGCACGUAUUCAGUUAAUUCCUCAACAUCUCCCUGAAGGAGAUGGAUCAAAAGAAAGGACUGUACGUGUGACUGGCGAUAGGAAGCAAAUUGAUAUGGCAUGUGAGUUGAUAAAGGAAGUCAUGAGUCAGGUUUGUGCUCUUUAUAGUCCUUUCAUAAGUUAGUUGGUGAAGUUGCUUCCAUUUUUAGUUGCAUACAUUAUUACAUAAGUCAACUAAAAGCUACUAUGCCCAGUUUGAGGUUUGUGAGCAAGUAUUGCAUGAAGAUUGUCUGUGACUCAUAAAAGUAGCAAGGAAUCCGUAAUGUGUUUGUUGGUUGACCUACUUACUGAAUGUAAGAUUCAUUUUCUGACUCGCAUUAUGGGUCCAUGUUUAUCAGUCCAUGAACAUUUUAUGCUUCUAUGGCUCUCCUUCUGGGCAUCCGUACUCUUUGGUUUAGCUAUUCCAGAUCUUUAAACUUCAUAUUCUACUUUGGUAUUAUGGAUUGUAAAGUGCCAUGCUAUUUAUGUUUGGAGAUAUAGUGAAUAAAUCUGCAUAUCUACUCAUAUUUGAUGUGCUGAUGAUCAUUGGCCACUGUUUGACCAUUAUGUAUGAAGAGCAGAAGUUUGAUGCUAGAUUUCUGGUGAAUGGUUUCAUAUCAUAAAUGCUUUGUUGUGAUUGUAGACUCAUUUCUGUGUGUUCUUUCAAGUGGCAAGUUCAUGCUUAGAGGUGCUUGCUAGUCCUUUUCUUCUUUUUGCCAAAGCCAAAAGUGGAUAUGUCCUGAUUCAUUUGAUGAGACCUUUACUAAGUUACUAUCCAUUUGGGAAGAUCCGUCUGAUGGUCUUCCAUUACAGUGAGACUGAGAUCUUGUACACAAUCAUGGGAAUUUAUGGUAUUGAUGAACCAUGGACCAGUGGAGAUCGCUUGAGUGCUAUUAGCUAGAUCAUAUAUUCCAUCCGAGAUGCCGGUUGCCUUGACUUUUUCAUAUUGAAGGUGCCGAUAUCGAACUGGUUGAAUUUAAAACUGCAGAUUACACUAUGGCCUUUCCAAUGGGGUCAGCAUUGCUUUCUUGGUGUAGCAAUAGACAACCACUAUUCAUUGUCAUCCACAGAAGAGAGGUAUCAGGCUUUAUAUCUCGCACUUGCAGGAGGUUAAUAGUUGGUAAGACUGCUUUGAGACUUCAAAGUUGAGAAUCCAAAAUCAGUGGCUUUUUGUGAACCAUGGUGCUUUGUAGCAACCUAUCCUAUUCUCUAGACCUUUGGUAGAAAAACAGUUUCUCUUCGUGAAAGUCAUAGCCUGCUGGACAUUUCAAUAGUAUGGUGUACGUUGUGCUUCUAUGCAUGAAUAUUGUCAACCCAAGCAUCUGGUUCAGAUGAUUAGAACACUGCUUGCCUAUUUCGUUCACAAUCUCCUACCUAUGCAACUGGCAUCUACUUUUAUGUUCACAGUGUAACUACCCAUGAUGAUUGUGUUGGUAUAAUACUAGUUUUGAGGUGCGCUUUAUUAUGUUAACGGUUUAUUUUGUUUUUUCCCCUCUUUUGUCGUUAAGGUUGGUGCGGAAUUCUUGUGCCCUCUGUGAACUACAAGCAUAAGUGGCUGUAUUCAGCUGUUCGGCAAGUGUGUACUUCUGUUUUUCUAGACAUUGCAACUUGCAAGGGCAGUUCACAAUUGCUGUUUCUCCUCAUUUUUUUCUAUUGAAUUUUUGGCUCAUCGUGGCCAACUCCCAUUAACGAAUGCAGCAAUCAUUCGCCGUCUGCAUGAUGCAAAAUAGUAAUAAUUUCUAAAAUGAUGUGUGCAUGAAAUGCCUACUGUAGAUUUGGGAACAGUUCGUUCGCACUUGCAGCUCAUUCUGCAUUUCUGCUUGGUUUCUUGUCUCCAAUUUUGCCCUUUAAUAUAUGAUCUCAUGGUAAUAUUAUCAUACUGGUGGUAGCUGAUAGAUUUAAUUGUUGAGCAAUUGAGUAAGAAUUAGGUUUGGUUCGAUUUCAGCAUGCCUUGUUGUGGUUGAUGAUUCUAUUGGAUAUCCAUAACUAGUUUCAUUCUUAUGAAGGCUCAGUUGUACCACGAUAAUGCUUUCAUCAUUCAACUGUUGAUUUCACUUCGGUGUUUCUUUAAAUAUCGUCCUAUGUUCAUGUUCUGUAUGUGCAGGUUUCAAUAGUGUAUCGCCUCUUGAGUCAACAUUCUCCUGUUGCCGAAUCUAGUUUAUUGUUCUAACUAGUUUUUUUGUUUGUAUGUUAGAACGUGAAGCAAUCAUCAUCUCUUUCUGGGGGUUUCAACCAGCAGCAAUCGUAUCGAUCUCGUGGACCCAGUGGCCCGAACCACUGGGGUCCACCUCGAGGCCCUCAUCCAUCCCAACCAAUGCCUCCUUAUGAUUACCACCACCGAGGACCUCCAUAUCCACCGCAGCAUGGCAUGCACUACCCACCUCCAAGUUAUGGUAAUUACCCCCCACAGCAGCACAUGGGUCACAGAACGAACUAUGGUCCUGGUUGGGAGCAACGACCUCCUCCGAAUAUGCCACCUGGUGGUGGUGGUUAUGAUUACUACGGUGGUCAACGAGGCCACAUGUCUGACCACCCUGCUGCUCCACCAGUCUCUGGCCACCCGCCUGGUCCUGCUCCUGCAACGAAUUAUGGUUAUGGACAUGAUUAUGGGCAUCAACCUUCUUAUCCCCAGCCGGCACAACCUCAGCAAGGCUAUGGCCAUGGAUAUGACGAACCAAAGUAUGGACAUGCCAAUUCACAGCCAGGUUAUCCGGGAUAUCCAACUCAUCAUCAACAAUACAGCAAGCAGCAACCACCGGCUUACCCCAUGCAAGCACAGGGCCAGCCUCCUCAGCCGUAUGGUCAACCGAGUCAAGCAUACAGUCAAGGUGCUCCAACAGCUCAACAGCAGUAUUCUUACCAAUCUGGGUAUCCUCCAUAUGGUUCUGCAAAUGAUGGGUAUUCUCAGGUUCCAGCUCAGCCGAGUGGACAGCCUGUACCUGCUUAUAGCCAGGCUGCCCCUGCAGCAUAUGGAUCAUAUCAACCUUCGCAAGGCUAUCCUGAUCAGGCUGCCACCACUCAGAACACUGCUGCUGCUACUGGUUAUGGUUAUCAAGCACAAGAUCCUGCACAUCAGGUCUAUGCUCAGCCAGCGCAAGCAGCUGCUGCUGCACCAGCUCAACCAAGCUAUGAUCAGUCAGUGGCACAACCGGGGAGCUAUGCUGCAGCUCCUGUUGCUGUGUCUGCCCCUGCCGGUGCAGCUCCGGUGGGGUAUGGGAAAACUGUAUCUCCUCAGCCAGCAGCGUAUGGUCAGUAUGAUUCGAGCCAGAUGUAUGCUGCUCCUCAUUGAGAAUAUAUGGUUUUAGUGGCUGUUAUGUUUUCGGAUUCUGAGUAGUAUGAAUGUAUGAAUUAGUUCUUGCUGCAUUAGGUCCUUUGGCUGACUGAACUGGAAUGUACGGCUGAAUUUCAUGUUAAUGCUGAUCUCUUUUGACUGACUGAGCUAUAUGUUAGAAUGAAGGUGUGCUUUGGACUCAUGACCACUUUUUAAGAAGUUGUUUCUGCUUAUGGCUGGCCUCUUCUAGUUUAGU